AAAGAGAAAACGGAACAGAAGAAACGAGAAAUCGAAAACAAGAAACGAGCAGAAGAGGAAAAACAGCAAAGAGACGAAUAUCAUAGAAAAAUCAAAAAGAUGACGAGAGAGACUGAAAACCAGAGAUCACAGUAUGAAAAACAGCAAAAACAAAGAGAAGAAGAAGAUAGAAAGAGGGAAGAAAAAUACAGACAAGAUCAAGAAAUGAUGAAAAAUGAGCAAAAACACAUUAUUGCAGAAUUACAGAUGAAUCAAGAAGAGGAAAUAAAAAAGAGAGAUUUGGAGGAGAAAAGGAGGAAUGAAGAAGAAGAGAAAGAGAGACAAGAAUGGGUGAGAAAAAUAAAAGAGGCUGAAAAUGACAGAAAAGAGAUUCAAGAGGAAAUUAAACGACAGCAGAGAGAAUGGGAGGAUGAAAAGAAACGACAGACGAGAGAAAGAGAGGAAGAGGAAAGAAAGAGAAAAGAGAAACACGAGGAACAACUGAGAGAAAAACAAGAAGAACUGGAGAAAAUGAGAAAGAGAUUUGAAAGAGAGAGAGAAGAAGAACGACAGAAGAUCGAGGAGGAGAGACAGAAACAGAGAAGAGAGAGAGAAGAAAAGGAGAGAGAAUAUAAAGACAAGAAAACCGAAAUGGACAGACAUUAUGAAAGACUGGAACGAGAGAGAAAAGAGGAGUGGGAGAGAAGAAAACGAGAAGCUGAUGAGAGACGAGAGGAAGAGAGAAAGAGAUGGGAGAAAAUGCAUGAUGAUCUGAAACGAGAGCAAGAAGACGAGAUCAAGAGAAGAGAAAAGGAGGAGAAGGAGAGGAAAGAAAGAGAAGACGAAAUAAAAAAGGAAUAUGAAGAGAAAAUAAAAGUCAUAAAGAAGAAACAUGAGGAUGAAGCCAGAAAACAAGCAGAAGAACUGAAUGAUUUCAGAGAGAGAAAAGAGCAGCACGUUCAGGAGCUCAGUGAGAUGCUGGAAGAACGUCAGAAACACCAGGAAUUACUGGAAAAACUCUAUCAGCACCUGCAGGAGCAGAAAGGAGCUGAAAUAAAGGAGCUGCAACAAGAAGUUGAAAAACUGAAAAUUAAAACAAGCGGCUGUGUCAUUCUGUGAUUCUUUUCAAGGCGAGUGUCAAAUAACAAUAGGAAUGCCUUAUGUUUUAUUUUCUGUUUUAUGCUUCAAUUUAAUGUUCAGACAAUAUCUUUCCUCCAGGCCUGCUUGUGCUAAAUUGCAUUUGCUAACUCCACCA